UAAUACAGAGAGAAGGUGUUCUUUCUAUACAUACACAUCUAUAUAUCUAUAUACAUACAGAGAAAUUGAAUAGAUUUGGGAAAACAAGGAUGAAUUUGAAGAAGAGAGAACUUCUAAUAAUCUUACCAUUCGUUUUAAUUUUAGGAUUGUUUGCUUCGUUCGUAAUUUCUGAUCACAGUUCUUCGAAAGGUUUAACUUCUCGAUUAACUCUAUCAUCAUCAUCAUCAUCAUCAUCAUCAUCAUCAUCAUCAUCAUCAUCUUCUUCCUCUUCAUUAUUAGUGAAUAAUGAAGCUAAUCAACGGAUGAUUUCGAGGAUUAGUGAUGUUAAACUGGAGACUAAGAUAAGAAGGCCUAGUAAUCUAGAGUUGAUUGAAGCUGGAUUAGCGAAAUCUCGAGCUUUGAUAAAAAGAGGUGCAGGUGGUAAUCAGACGAUUGAUGAUCAUGAUUAUGUGCCUUCUGGUUCCGUUUAUUGGAACCCUAAUACGUUUCACAGGAGUUACUUGGAAAUGGAGAAAAAAUUCAAGAUAUAUGUUUAUAAAGAGGGAGAUCCCCCGGUUUUUCAUGAUGCACCUUGUGAUGGCAUUCUUGGAAUAGAAGGAAUUUUCAUUAACGACAUGGAAAUUAGUCGAUUUCGUACUCUAGACCCUGAAAAAGCUCAUGUUUUCUUCCUUCCGAUUAGCAUUGUGUCAAUCGUUCAUUUCGUUUACGUGAGGGAAACCCGACUUUGGAGUGAUAUGAAAAACACUGCCAUUGACUAUGUCGAUGUCAUAGCCGAGAAACAUCCGUAUUGGAACAGAAGCCUUGGGGCAGAUCACUUCAUGCUUGCUUGCCAUGAUUGGGGGCCUGAAAUCUCGACUGCCAUUCCUAUCCUAUACAAGAACUCGAUCCGUGCUCUUUGCAAUGCAAAUACCUCUGAAGGAUUCAACCUUACAAGAGAUGUCUCGAUCCCAGAAAUCUACCUCCCACAUGGCACUACCGAGGGAUUGCUAGGUGGUCCUUCCCCAUCUAAACGAACUAUUCUAGUCUUCUUUUCGGGUGGUAUCCAUGGCUACAUUCGCCAAGUACUUCUUGAGCAUUGGGAAAACAAGACCGAAGAUGGUGUCAAAAUACAACAAUACCUCCCAAAAGGCGAGAAUUAUUACGAUAUGGUAAGAAAAAGCAAAUACUGCAUUUGCGCGAGUGGGUGGGAAGUGGCGAGCCCGAGGAUGGUGGAAGCACUAUACAUGGGUUGCGUACCGGUCCUCAUAAAGGAUCAUUACGCAAAGCCAUUUAGUGAUGUGUUGGAUUGGCGCAAGUUCUCUAUUGACAUUGCGCUUAAUGACAUCCCAAAUUUGAAAAUUAUUCUAAUGGGGAUUUCUCAAAGACAAUACAUUAGAUUUCAAAGAAAUGGUGUUAAGGUUCGAAAGCAUUUUGUGGUGAAUUUACCUCCGAAGAGAUAUGACGUUUUUCAUAUGAUUCUUCACUCAAUAUGGCUAAGAAGACUCAAUACUCGCAUUCAUGAUCCAUGAUAAAUUAUCCAAGUUAUUCGAUGAAAUAGUUGUUAUAUAUUAUGUUGUUGAUAUGUAUCAAUAUGAAAUACACAAUUUAUCAUUUGCGAUAAAUAUGUUCACUA